AAGCAUGUUCUUGCUCAAGCGGUUCCGAACUCCAUGCGGCUGGCGUUUUUGUUGCUAUGCACCUCUGUGUCCUUAAUUCCUGGAAGGGCAGAGGAGGCCUGUGACUUUGACGACUCCACCCUCCUGCAGCUCGAAGGCACAGGCAAAGUCAACCGAAGCAGAGUUGCAGAACGUGAACCCAGUGAACCAGGACCCCCAGGACCAGUGCCAGCGAGUGAAGCGCUCAUUGCAGCGGACUCAACUCGACUGCGUCACCAUGACGAAGUCCUGCCGAGUGGAGCGUCUCAUCGAGAAGCGUUGAUACAACGCAUCAUGACCAAGAUCCGUGCUGCGCGGUCCGCUCACAACGGUAUGCUUUUCAUCUCCGGCAUGUUAGUGACAGUACUCUUGUGGGGAGAGGUCACUCACGCAGCCUGGCUACAGGGGCGCUCAGCUGCCAUUCUGUCUGCAUUCACCCUGGUGGCGAGCAAUGUCCUGGCAAAAACUUUGCUGCUAUCACCGCAGUUUGGAAUUGGCGUGUUGGAUCUCAUCUAUUCACACUGUCUUUCGUUGGCCUUUCUCGGUGCUUUGUUCACCAAGUUGCAUCCCGAAAAGCCCCUGGUGGUCCCGGACGGUGCAGAGCAAGCCGUCCAGGCCUUGUCGGUAGGCUUCUUCUCUUCUGCCUGCUCCAUGCUCUUGCUGGGCGGCCUCUACGUUGGACCUGCUACGGCUGUGCUGCUCGUGAUCGCCCUGCAGUCCAGCAUUGCGACCUUGUGGAAGCACUACUUUUCUGAGACCAUCGAGGCCGAGGAGCACCUCGCUGCGCCCCUGCUUCUGAUCGCUGUGUUGGUCGGCACGGUGAUCGGAGCCCGCGAGGAGGGCGGUGAAUGGAUGUGGAGUGCCUUCUUUGGGCUUUGUGCUGCCGUGGGUCGAGCCACCUGCGCACUGCAGCAACGGAAUUUUGCCUGUCAGAUGCACCAUGUGGUGACGGUGACCUACGCUGGAAUUAUAGGCCUCAUCAUGUUUGGGCCCAUUGCUGCGGCCUACCCUCAACAUGCGCGUGCCAUACUGACCAUGGAGAUGCACAACUUGGCCCCACUGGUGCUCUUCGGGGUCCUGAGCCUCAUGUCCACCUUAGGCAUGCUCAAGGCAGCCAACAGCAUGUGGGGGACGAUGUCCGAAUCCAGCUACACCUUAGUGUCAGGCUUGUCCUUGUGCCUGCAGUUCGUGGCGGACUUGACGGUCUUUUCGGUCAAUUGGGCACGCUUCACUCAGUCCAGCAUCGCCUUAGCUGCCACCUGCAUGAUCUUCUCCUAUGCGGUCUCGUACAAGCAGGUGCUCCGGGCUGAGCAGUGCUUUACAUCGGCCUACAGUUUGUUUGAACCGCAGAACUUCGAACAAGGACAAUAGGAACGCGUCCCUCCUUCGUUGGUCCGGGAUGGAGAACGGAUUCCGCCAGCAAAGGCUCAGAACGGAGCUGGCCAUUGAAACGGAUAUUUGCCGCAAGGGUGCAGCACAAUGCUCCAUUCAAGCCUCCAAACUGGGGGUGAACGUUCAAUGAUACUUUUGCAAAAAAAGAUACCAAAACUCAAUCCAGCCAAUAAACAAAGACCAUCAAAGACCACUAUAUACACUAAUUGUUGGGGCCUCAUCCUGGA